AUGUGUGUAGUGCUGCGCUUCUUGGCCCAGGGCCCCAGCCAGUCCCCAGCCCUGCUGGGAGCCCCGGCCAGCACCACGGACGGCACCCAGGAAGCCCGAGUCCCCCUGGACGGGGCCUUCUGGAUUCCCAGGCCACCAGCAGGUUCACCCAAGGGCUGCUUCACCUGUGUGUCCAAGCCUCCCGCCCUGCAGGCUGCAGCGGCCCCAGCCCCUGAGCCCUCGGCCUCGCCCCCCAUGGCGCCCACUCUGUUCCCCAUGGAAUCUAAAAGCAGCAAGACUGACAGCGUUCGGGCAUCAGGUGUCCCGCCGGCCUGCAAGCACUUAGCUGAGAAGAAGACCAUGACGAACCCCACAACUGUCAUCGAGGUCUACCCCGACACCACGGAGGUGAACGACUACUAUCUGUGGUCCAUCUUCAACUUCGUCUACCUCAACUUCUGCUGCCUGGGCUUCAUUGCUCUGGCCUACUCCCUCAAAGUUCGGGACAAGAAGCUCCUGAAUGACCUGAAUGGAGCCGUGGAAGAUGCCAAGACAGCACGGCUGUUUAACAUCACCAGCUCUGCGCUGGCAGCCUCCUGCAUCAUCCUCAUCUUCAUUUUCCUGCGGUACCCCCUCACUGAUUACUGAGCCCAGCAGGCAGUGGCCUUGGAGACACAGCACUGAGACUGAUGGUCACAGAGAUUCAGGAUGCUGACAGUAUGGGGCAGAAUGGGCUCCUACCAAGGCCCAGAGCCAUGCAUGGCAGCAAGGCCACCUGAAGCUGAGUGCCCAAUGGAGCGGCGCACUCCUCCCAGCCACCCUAUCUGCCUCCUGCCCCCGUCCUGCUGUUACUGGGUCUCUGGGCUCCCUCUCACGAUGCUGCCUGGCUGCCAGUGGCUGCCCUUCCUGACCUGUGCACCCCACCCAGGUUCCUGCACCCCUCAGACCUGACACCCAGCAAGAAGGGCUUAUGUGGGAGCCCCCGGGAUAGGGGCUGCCAGCACCUGGGGCUCCCUCACUCCUGACCCCAACUUCCUCCAAGCUGUGAUCCCUGCUCCAAGCUCUUGUAUCUGUGAACUUUCAU